AUGGGAGAUCAAGAAACGCCGGAAUUGGUACUAGUAGAGAAAAACCCAGAAGAAGCAGGAGGAGGGGUUAUAAUGCAAGUUUCAUCAUUAUCAUCAUCGAUGAUGGAGAAGGAGAUCGUCGGCAUCUCAACGCUCUCACUUGAAACGAGCACCACCGAUUCUGCUUCCUACGACUCUCCAUGUUCCAAAUGCGGUCUCUGUCCACCAGCAGUGGGAUCCAACAACAGCUCUGGAUCGUUGAAGAGGGCAUCACCAUGUUCUCCAUCUUCGUCCUCUGUUCUUCACGACCAGCAGUACCAACCCAAACCCAAGAAACUCUUUCUUGACACACACGCCGAUUCUUCUCUCUCUUGCUCCAGGAAUCGGAAUGAUCUCCUCCGUCGCUGCGUUUCUGACCCCUGCAAGCCUCCUGUUACGGCACCCACCUCCAGUGUUGUUGGGACUACCAACCAAUCUCCUGAGCAUUCAGUCAGAGGGGGGGGCUCUGUUCCCAAUCAGAACAGUUUUCUUCGCCGCUGUGUUUCUGACCCCUGCAAGCCUCCACUCGCCCCCACCACCCAUAUCGGAACUGGAACAACUCCCGUGCCGCCCGAGAACCCUGUCAACGGCUCCUUUUUUUCUUCUUCUGCGAACAACCUUGCACUCCCCCCUUCUGCAGUUCGCCGCUCCAUUGUUGAUAUCACUCCUCCCGCCAUUGCACAUUCCACUUCGUCCACCAGCGACAAGAAUGAUUCUGAGCCGGACUAUGAAAGCUAUGUGAGCGUGGAGAGAAAUGGAGAAACUUUUCGUAUCCAUUUGAACUGUCAAUGUGGGAGGGCCUGUCACUUGCUCGUCGAUGGAGGCGAUUACUAUUACAAGCUGAUGUAGAUUCACCAAGUAUGGCUAUAAAUGAUGGGCUUGCCACCGAUCGUUUCAGGGGUUUUAAAAGAGUUUAAUAUUUGAUCAAAUAUUUGUUUACCAUACUUUGUUCAGUUUUUUACUUUGGUAACCAUUUAUUUAGAAUUUAAUUCUGUUAAUUGGAUUUUCUUAGUUCGUAAUGAUGGCAAUUAUAGGUGCUUGAUGUAUGGAUUGGACCUUUGAUGGGUGUACUUGAAAGAGGAGUUGCAGGACAAUGUAUGCAAUAAGUGUACAGCAUCAUACAUAAUCCUAUAAUGAAAAUGUGAAUUUCUCUC